CGUCCCAUCUCUUUCGUCCCCGUCUUUUGAUGUCUUGUUCCUUUCCCUUUGGUCGCCUCAUCUCCGCUCGUCGUGUUCUCCUCUCUUCGUUUGGAGCCAAGCAUGACAACUCAUCCAACAGCUCGAGAUCGCAUCGGCAGAUUAACGUUUUGCUCUGAAUAUGCUUGCGGCAGUCUCGCUCAAUCUGACCCGUUAUAAUGAAAUGGCACGCACUCAUUCGUUCGAAACGUUGUGUUCUUAGCAUACCAUCUGUUUCUGUGGGCGCGGGAGUGAUCGGCAGUCAUAGGAAACAGAGCAAAUCGGUCCAUAGAAGGGUAGGCAUAUAGACGUGUAAAGCUUGAGCUUUGAAUGGCGGAAAAGAUCCCUUGUCCGCACGCGAGUUUUGCGAAUUUACAGUGACGCGAUGGGUUUUGGGUUCUCUCGCGCUUCCCCUUUACAGUUUUACAUUUUUACGCUUGAUUGUCUUUCUGAUUACUUUCGAACUAAUUGCAGCAACAGUUGCAGAAGCAUAUAAAAGCCCAAAAAGGAAAGCAAUCGACAAGUUUUAAUGCUCUGACGCAUUUUCCUCUCUCUCUCUCUCUCUCUCUCUCUCCUCUCUUUCUCUCUCUCUCUGUGUCUUGUGCAUGCUUGGAUUAUCCACCGCUUUCAAAGUAAGCAAUGCGAAGAAGAUCAGAAGGUGACCUCGCCGCUUCCAACGAUGGCUGCAAGGAGAACAAGAAGAUCAGCAGCACCAGCAUGCUUCUGUGCUGCAAGCUCUUCAUAUCUGAAUCAAGAAACCGCGCUGUGCUCGACUCCAUCGAACGGGCGGCCCACCUCGACCCUGAGACCAUCAUCGUGAAUAAGUUUGAGGAUCGGGCUUACAACCGUGUCCGGUACACUCUGGUGUCCCACGUCGUCCAUGACUGCACAGGCCAGGCUGUGUACAGCCCUUUGCAACAAACUGUCAUGGCCAUGGCCGAAGCAGCUUUUGAGGCAAUAAACUUGGAACUGCACUCGGGAGCCCACCCUCGGCUAGGGGUGGUGGAUGACAUCGUCUUCCAUCCGCUUGCCCGAGCUUCUCUCGAUGAAGCAGCUUGGCUUGCCAAAGCUGUGGCUGCUGACAUUGGCCUCAAACUCCAAGUGCCAGUGUUCCUGUAUGCUGCUGCCCACCCAACCGGAAAGGCACUAGACACCAUCAGGCGGGAGCUUGGCUACUUCCGGCCCAAUUUCAUGGGCAACCAAUGGGCAGGAUGGACGAUGCCCGAAGUCCUCCCCGAAAGGCCGGAUGAGGGCCCGACACAUGUAUCUCGAACGAGAGGCAUCACCAUGAUUGGGGCCCGGCCGUGGGUUGCCCUGUACAAUGUCCCCAUCCUGUCAACUGAUGUGUCAGCCACCCGGCGAAUAGCCCGUAUGGUGAGCGCUCGGGGAGGAGGGUUACCGACGGUGCAAACGCUGGGCUUGGUUCAUGGCGAAGAUGCGACUGAGAUCGCUUGCAUGCUGCUGGAGCCCAACCAGAUUGGAGCAGACCGGGUCCAGAACCGAGUCGAAAUGCUAGCAGCCCAGGAAGGACUGGAUGUGGAGAGAGGAUAUUUUACCGACUUCUCACCAGAAAUGAUAAUAGAAAAGUAUGUGAAAUUAGUGUCUUCCAGGGAAGACUAAGCCAAGAUGGGCUUCCAGUGAUAUCAACAUUAUCUGCAUAUUAUGCUCACAAUGGUGGAACUGUGAAUUUUAUGACUGAUGACAGUAAUAACUUUUGACCACGAGUAUCUUUAGAAGCAACUAAAGCCAAUACCAGAA